AUGUCGUCGCUUGAAGAGAAGAUGUUCUCGCAAUCUUCCGAUCUGCUCUCUUAUACACGUACGGCUCGACACUUGACCGACUUGACAGCUCGCUUCUGCCGAUACAAUACGACGCAGCGCUGGGUUGACUCCUUGGCGUCAUUUCGGCUCCCUAGACCCGGUUUCAAAGAACCCACCUUUCCUUACGUCUCAGCAGUUCCCAUUGGACAAAGAGCUAUACGAGAAAAGAACAGCCGGAUGCUAUAUGGACUAACCCUUUCAAGGACGACUCCCGUCCUUCGCAUAACUUUUCUACUCAGGUUCAUGAUAGGAUCAUCCAUCAAUAUGCUUGCGUUAAGCACUGUUCUUUUAGCUCUGGCUGCUACAGCUUUCGGCCAGGAUCUCAACGGUAACGACACAACCAACGGUACUCUCCCGACUCGCGGAGAUUACAUAUGGAAGCCAACAUGCAAGUUACCCUCGCCUAAGGAUUUCAUGUUCAGCAUGGGUUUCGAUUUCCGCGACGGCUGUGUCAAGGGCACAGGAAAUCCGUCGGCUUUUGUUAUGUUUGUGGAUUUCCCAGAUGCUAAAGACGAAGAUCCCGACUCGCUCAAGGCUUUGCACGACAAGCUGGUGCCCCCAACUGUCGACUGGUAUACCAAGUCUAGCUACAACAAGCUGAAGCUCAACAUAAAAGCCGAUACCUCUCAGUACUACCGCAUGCCCAAGGCGGCGUCUGAGUAUGACUGGCUAGGCAGAGGAGCUGGCGUUUGGCGACAUGAUCGUUAUAUCCAGGACGCCCUUGAUGCUUUCACGGCCGAAGGCACUCGCCCGCCCCCCGCCAAAGUGGACGUCCUUUAUGUGAUUCCAACAAGCCAGGCAGCAAAUUACAUCUCUCGCUCUAUAACCUAUUACGACCCUGUCUCGACGCGUCAGGGUAAGCAGGUAGCUAAGAAGACUGUGACACUUGGUGCCGCCGACUGGGAUCUGAUUGCGAUGACCAUGGUUCAUGAAACGGGUCAUGCCUUUUGCCUACCAGAUUACUAUUCAUUCGACAGCUACACAGGCUUUUAUACGGGAGGCUUUGGUGUCAUGUCCCAGACUGAAGGCAUGGCGCCUGAUUAUUUUGCCUGGGAUAAGUAUCGCUUGGGAUGGAUCGAGGACAAGGCUGUAGAUUGCGUUCUUGAGGCCGGCAGCACGAAGCAUGUCCUUACUCCCCUUGCUGUUGAUGGUGGAAAGAAGGCCGUCGUGAUUGCAGGCAGCGAGAUUUCUGCUCUUGUAGCCGAAGUUCGCACUGCUGAUGGUCUGGAUAAGAAGCUUUGCGCUCCUGGAGUCUUACUUACUGAGGUUGGUACGAGAACUGCACCCGGCAGUGGCCCUAUUCGAGUUCUGGAUGCUACACCUGACUCUUUAGGCUGCGUUGCGAACUUCGAUGACAAGAAUGAUGCUGCGCUGUCUCUGACUCUGGAAGGAAGCAAUUCUCUUGCCUAUAAGCCAGUUAGCUCGUUUGAUGUGCCUGGCUGGAAUGUUACAGUAACACUGUUGAGUGUGGAGGACUCGAAGUAUACUAUUCGCGUUGACCGCCAAACGUCUGUUAGGACUGAUUCCUGGUAG